GCUCUCCAGCCCGAGCGCGCGUGUGCAAGGGCCCCGCCGGGUAGGAGACGCCGGCCUCGGCGGGAGGAAGGAGCCGCGGCGCCAGCCCCCUCUCCGCUGCCCGCGGCCGCAGCAGCAUGCCGGGCGGGGGCUCCCGGGGCGUCCCGGCCAGCGGCGGCGGCCACUGCGCAGGUGGCAGAGAGUGCUCAGCACGGGCAGCAUGCCAUCGGAGGCGGCGGCUGGCACGGAGGCCAGGCUACAUGAGAAGCAUACCUGGGCCUGGGAUCAGGUUCCUCCCUGCAGUGGCAGAUACAACAUUCUGUGUCCCAGGAGGGGUGAGUGGUGAGGAGUCCCAUCACUCUGCAUCUGGGGCUGGACACUGUGCCCUUGGCCUGAGCGGCCAAUGUCAAGGCCCCUCUUCGAAGUGUCCUGCUUGCAAGAGCUCACCAGCCCCUACUGUGGUCUCUGUGGGCCACCUAAAUCAGGCCCAGACCUCUGUGAGCAGAGCCUCUGGGGCCCCAGUACACUUUGGGAUUCAGCUCAGAACUGGCACCAGGCUUAUGGACAGGCUGUGCAGCUCUGGGGACACUGGGCUUCGACAAGAGCGUUUGUCUGUGGACAGUGGCAAGACCCCAGUCACUAGCCAGGAUACAGCCUGCAAUGGAGGAGCAGGAGGCGCCCACGCCACAGACUCUUCGGCACCAGCAGAAGCAAGUGGCCACCACUGCAGGGUCCAAAGAGGCCUCUUCACCCCACCAGCCCCUUCUGGUCCCCAUGAAGCCUUUGCCUCCCGCUUCAGCUUCAUUCAGCUCUCUCUUAGCUCUGCAGGGAAACAUGGAGAGGCAGAACGCUGCCCGCCAUCCAGAGAGGCUGAGUGCCCUCAUGAAAGCUGUGCCAACAUCGGAGCUGUGCCUUCCAGCUCAGACAGGCCCCAUGGAGACCCUGGAUAUCUCUCAGGGUCCUUCUAUCCUGCAGCUACCCGGGGCUCUACAGACUUGGCCCAGGAGGAAGGGAGCAGCUUAUGCCCAGAGUGGGACCUGCUUUCUUCCCUGGACCUCGAUGCAGGCUCUUCCUUGGGUCCCACGCUGCCUGGCUGCUGUGGUGACAGGGGCUGCAACUCAGGAGAUGCUCAUGGUUGGGAUGCCCUGCUCAGGAGAUGCGAGCCUGUGCUGCACGACUGUCUGCAGAGCGGCUUGAGGCAGCUGGAGGCAACAACUUUAAAAUUAAAGCUUCAGAAACUUCAGCAGAAAGCAAUUGGUGAUGAUGAUUAUGAUCAAGCUGAGAUGCUGAGACAGAGAUUGGAAGACCUGGAACAGGAGCGAGGCCACCUGGCUGUGGUGCUCCCAUCCCUGCAGCCAGCCAUCAGCAGCUUCCUGGGCUACCUGGUGACCCAGGCCCAGGCCACCCUGCACCGAGCUACUCAGCCGGCCGGCAGUGACUGUGUCCCAGCCCCACUUGGAAGCCAGUGCCAGGCCCCUGAGCCCAUGGUCCAGGGCAGCCUGCAUGAGGCCCAUGCACGGAGAGACUCGCUUCUCCAGGAGAAGCAGCAGCUACAGAAAGAAGUGGAGGCUCUUCAAGAAAGGAUGUCUGCACUGGAGGCAAAAGAUCAGCAGCUGAGAAGGGAGAUAGAGGAACAGGAGCGAGAACUCCAGUGGGAGCACUGUGGCCUGGGGACACUGGUGGCCCAGCUACCCCGGGACCAGCUGCAGGAGGUCACUGAAGCCCUGAGGGACACGAUGGCUUCUGCCAACCAGAUCCCCUUCCACGCAGAGCCACCUGAAGCUGUCAGGAGCCUUCGGGAAAGAAUAAAAGUCCUGAACUUGUCACUUAAAGAAAUCACCAGCAAAGUGAGCAUGGGCGAGAAACUCUGCAGCACCCUGAGGAGGAGAGUCAGUGACCUUGAGACCCAGCUUCUGGCCUUGCUUGAAGCCAAAAUGCUUGCCAUAUCAGGAAGCCAUUUCUGCAUGGCCAAGGACCUCACGGAGCAGAUUCGCACCUUGACCUCAGAGCGAGAAGGGCUGGAGCCCAUUCUGGGCAGGCUGUGGGCACUCAGGUCUAGGACCGCCGGAGAGCUAGCCAGUGUGGUGGAAGACUAUAGCCGGCUGGCCCAGGAGCUGCAGCAUCAGGAGACUGUGCACAAAGCAAAUGUGAAGGAAAAUACUGUGAAGUACAUGGAAAUGCUGGAGGGCAAACUGCUCAGUUGCAAGUGUCUGCUGCUUGGAAGAGUGUGGGAAGCUGACUUGGAGGCCUGUCGGUUGCUGGUCCAGAGCCUGACUAUUGAAGAUGAGCAGCAGAUGGAUGGCACAGGGGCAGCUGCCUGGAUGGCCACCCUAGCCAGUCCUUCCAGACCCUCCUCUGAAGAUGGGAGGAAGAGCCCUGUACAGGCAUCCCAUGGGUGUAGUGCUCCUCUGACCACCUGUGCGCCCUGCAGGAGAGGUGAAUGGAAGCAGGAAUCUUACAUCCUUUCUGCAGAACUUGGAGAAAAAUGUGAAGCCAUAGGCAAGAAGAUAUUGCAUUUAGAAGAUCAGCUUCACACAGCAAUCCAUAGUCGUGAUGAAGACCUUAUUCAGUCUCUCAAGGGGCAGCUCCAGAUGGUGAAGGAGACGCUGCAGGCCAUGUUUCUGCAGCUCCAGCCAGCAAAGGAGGUGGGAGGAGGAGAAGCUGGGGCCGCUGCGCAGCAGCUGCAUCCUGGGAAGUACAGCCCCGAAGGGGCCCGGGAAGGAGAUGGUUUAUGCGUCACAAGGAUGGACUCCCUCGUCGCGGAUGUGCCCAGCUUAAUCAUGGAGACAGAGCCACGAGUCUCCCAGCAGGAAGCGGGACCCUUUUAUUCUCUUGAAUGAGAUGGAAAGUCUGGAAGUCGGGAUAUUGGAGUGCAUUUUACUGGCUUUCCUUCUAACUGUCACUUAGAAGUUCCUUUCCCAUGUCAUUUGUGGGAGUGAUUUUUCCUCUCACCCCCCGCUGAACAGUUGAGAGUGAAUUCUGCUGCAACAGUCUCUUUUCCUUGCACUGUUUUGCUUUCAGCUGCAACAAAAAUAGUUCCUGCAUCAAGGUCAAGUAGAGAGGACACCGAAUCGAAGGCUAGGGUUGCACACCUGCUGCUUUCCUGUGAGCACAUGAGCUAGGCAGCCCCAGAGCCUGCGGAGGCAGCCUCCACCUCACUGCUCCUAUGCCUGACCACUGUCCUGGGAAACUUCUCAGGCACUGGACUCCCUGCACGAACAGCAAGCUGGGCUUUUGUGGCAGUGACUGCAUCUACAACAAGGACCCAGAAUGUAGGGGAAGGGCACUGGCAAAGAGGAUGUGCGGGAGAGGGCAGGGCAUGGAUGAGGAGGAGAUGGCCCCGCCUCUCCUCUUCCUGCUGAACCUUUUUCCACGGCUGCCAGGCGGUUGACAGAGCCAGGAUGGAUUCACUAUCCUGCACAGAUUCCAUAGGCCAAGCAGUGGUCCCUGGGGUUCUUGCAGGCCCUGCUGGGAUGCUCUUCUGGCCUGCAGGGACUCCUGCUGUGAUGGUAGCAAAGCAAGCUGCACACUUAGGUUCAUUGCCCCAAGGGUCCCCAGGAGUGCCCUGCAGACAUUAGGUGACCGCCACACACUGUAACUUUUGUGUGGAGACCUCGUGCAUGUUAGCGUGCAUGCAUGUAGGAGCCAAAUGAAGACGCCCACUCGUUUUUGUUCAACCCCCAGCUCCCACAGAGUUUAAUGGCUUGUGUAUUUUUUCUAAUACCCCCAGUGGCAGGUUGGCCAGUAUUGUAGUCUCUGGGAGGUCUUUUUGUGAACAGUGACUUACAUCACUGACUUGUGUGCUGGAGACCAACCCAACUUUCCCACCAUGCUGAGCCUGCAGCUACCCGCACAGUCUGAGAAGCUGCAGUGGAUAAUGAGGCCUGUUGUGCUCCUGCUCCCACUAUUUGUGCAGGGCCGGUAAUGUUGCUGCUACCAUGGCGAUCCAUGGACAGGUGACAUUUUUAUUAUUUCCUGGUCACAUGGUCAUUUCCAGAAGGUGGCUGGUGCUUUGCUCAGCCUUCUGUGCUGCAUGACACCUCUGUCCUAUCAAGCGGAAGCUUUGCUUAAGCCAGCACUUGGCCAGAGGCCAGGCAACCUAGCAAAAGUGCCUGAUGUAUGAACACACUGCAUUGUAAAAAACAUACUGCAUAUUUGAAUCAUAAGCAUAAUUACUUUGUUCAGCAGACUUGAUUUUUCAAUAAUGGACCAAAUUCCUGAAUUAUUUAUAAUCAUAUCUUAAAAAGUACUGGCACCUGGAAUCUUUAAAUCCUUUAAUUCCAGGGAAGCAGUGUUGAAGAAAGUCAGGACUGACCACAUUGCCAGAAACAAAUUCCUACUCUGGUGUGUUUUUGAACAGCCUCCUGGACACAGGGCAUUUGAUGGUCACAAGCCCAAGUGUUUUUUAUUAAUAAGAUACCACCGUGAAAUAAUUCUGUGAGGUCAUGAAGGGUCUGAAAAUUCCAGAUGUUAAUAACAACUUUGAGUGUGCCCUAGAAGGGCCUCUUUGGUCCUUCCAGGGAUGGAGUAGCUACUUCCUUGUUAAGAUUUUCUGUUAAACUUCAGGAUGGAGCAAGAGAGUGACACUUCAGCCUCAUGCUGUUCCUCACCCCUCACUACUGCUUGGUUCUGGAGUGUCAUCAGGAGGCUGCAAAGGCCAGGGGCUUCUUCAGCUAUCUGCCUUCUCAUGCCAACAGCACUGUCCUCAGAGCAGCACCAUGUAUCCCCAGCCAUUCUUUCUAUAGGACAGUUUUCCAGGGCAACAUAAAAAUACACAAGAAAAGUUAGGAUUAAAAAAAAAGAAAGAAAAAUUAGGAUUUAGAUUUAAAAGCACAACAAUAAAAGCUUAAGCUGUUAUGGAGGUAACCAUGACCAUGGCAAAAGCGCACCUUGAAAAUGGUUCCUCGAGGGUUUGAUUUCACCAUGCCAUGGCAGGAGAAAAGAAGUGCGUAUUACGCUCUCAUCUUUCAGAGAUGCUGGCCUUCAAGUGGCCAUCCCAUCACCAACACGUUAGCUCUUUGAGCAUCCUGAAAUUUAAGACUGAAUUCUGAAAUUUUAAGGCUGUAAUGAUGGAGAGUUGUUCUCCUCUGCAGUAGGGCUGGUUUCCUCUAUAACAAGUUCAAGUUCAAUUCUGUUCCAUGCUGGGCCCUCACCAUGAUGUUGUCCUUUAAUCCUUAUAUCAUCCUCAAGAGGUGGUGUCUGCGGAUGGGGCUCCUGAGCCCUAGGAAGGCUGAUUCCCAAGGCUCAGAGCUGGGAAGAGGGGGAUGAGAGUAACCUAGGAGCUAACGACAGGCUGCUACCUGGACUAGGGCUCUGCCCCAAGUGUCCGUAACAUCCUGGUGGGACUGUGAGCCACGGAACUAUUGGGUUCACCCAGUUACAUGUUCACAACCACUUGGGAAUCCUGCCCAGAGAGUGGGAGAAACCAGAGCUAGGGCAGCCAAGGCUCCCUAUCCUCCAGGCCAGCCCCACUGUGUGGUCCAAAUUCAGACAGGCGGCAGCAGCCCACCAACCCCACUACUGUCCUGCUCCAUGUUCCCAUGUAUGGAGAAGGCAUCCCAGGACAACCACCCACAGCUGACACUGGGCAGAUUUUCCUGAAGAUCCUCAUGUUAUCAAUAUUUCUCAGAAAGCAUCUGUGUGCCAGGAAGUCUAUUCUGGAGAGAAAGUAACUAUAUGCUCAUUAAUCAAGCAUGUUCAUAUAUAAAAUCCAUACUUUUAUUUCUAAUAUCCUCACCUUAUCUAAUGCUUGAGUUUUGUCAUGUAAUUUAUUGCUUCAUUAAGUUUACUUUUCUAACACAAAAUUAAGUGAUCUUCAAACCAUGGUGCUCUUAAUGAUUUUUGUCUUCCCAGGUUUAAAUGAUAGAAAAAUGUAUCAGGUUUAUUCAUCUUCUUUUUCUGCUACAGGGUGAUUAAUUGUA